CGUCAGAAACAGGACCCAACGUGGGCUGUGGAUGUGGCAGCCCUCCUGUCCUGCCUGUCCUGAAGACGUGUCCCUGCUCUCCUCCCGAACGUUUGUUAGCGGAUUCCUCCCUCCUCAAAACCACAGAUCUUGGUGCCAUGUUUGCUCGACUAGGCUUGUGCUCCCAGCUGCCAUCCAGAGCUCGGAAACAUGUGUGUCCAGUACCAAUCAGAGCGUUUUCCCAAACUAAAUUUCCCCUCCCUCGCCCUCAUGGGAAGUCCUUUGCCCACCGCAGUGAGCUGAAGCAGGCUAAGCGUAUUGUGGUGAAGCUGGGCAGCGCUGUGGUCACUCGAGGAGAUGAGUGUGGGCUGGCGUUGGGAAGACUGGCCUCUAUUGUAGAACAGGUGGCCAUGCUGCAGAAUCAGGGCAGGGAGAUGAUGAUCGUCACAAGUGGAGCUGUGGCUUUUGGAAGACAGAGACUGAGGCAUGAAAUUCUGUUGUCUCAAAGUGUCAGACAAGCCUUACAUUCAGGGCAGAAUCAACUCAAAGAAAUGUCACUGCCAGUGCUGGAGGCAAGGGCGUGUGCAGCUGCCGGACAGAGCGGUUUGAUGGCUUUAUAUGAAGCCAUGUUCACACAGUACAGCAUCUGCACUGCACAAAUUUUGGUGACAAACCUGGACUUCCACGAUGAACAGAAAAGGCGCAACCUUAACAGCACCCUCCAGGAGCUGCUGCGGAUGAACAUUGUCCCAAUCAUCAACACCAAUGACGCGGUGGUGCCACCCCCUGUGCCCAACAGUGACCUGCAGGGGGUAAAUGUCAUAAGCAUCAAAGAUAAUGACAGUCUGGCCGCACGCUUAGCUGUAGAGAUGAAAGUGGACCUGCUGGUGGCUCUGUCUGAUGUAGAAGGUUUGUAUGACAGACCUCCUGGCAUUGAUGACGCCAAACUUCUAGAUAUAUUUUACCCUGGAGAUCAGCAGUCCAUUACAUAUGGCAAUAAGUCCAGAGUGGGGAUUGGUGGCAUGGAAGCAAAGGUGAAAGCGGCUCUGUGGGCACUGCAGGGUGGUACAUCAGUCGUCAUUGCCAAUGGGACAGAUCCUAAAGUCACGGGUCAUGUGAUCACAGACAUCGUGGAGGGAAAGAAAGUGGGCACAUUCUUUUCUGAAGUGAAACCUGCAGGUCCCACUGUGGAGCAGCAGACGGAGAUGGCCCGACAUGCAGGGAGGGCACUGGCCUCUCUCGAUCCAGAACAGAGAGCAGAGAUAAUUUGCUGUCUUGCUGAGCUGCUCACAGAAAAGAAGGAAGAAAUUCUCAGUGCUAACAAGAGAGACAUGGAAUUAGCCAUAACAUCAGGUCGUUUCUCCCAGGCCCUGAUAAACCGCCUAAGUCUGUCCACAGCUAAGUUGAACAGUUUAGCAAUCGGGCUGCGUCAGUUGGCGGUGUCGUCCCGGGACAGUGUGGGACGUGUGUUGAGGAGAACCAGAGUCGCCAACAAUCUGGAGCUGGAGCAGAUCACUGUCCCCAUUGGAGUCCUGUUAGUCAUCUUUGAAUCACGCCCCGACUGUCUACCACAGGUAUCGGCUCUUGCAAUUUCCAGUGGAAACGCCUUGCUACUUAAAGGGGGUAAAGAAGCGUCCAACACAAACAAAAUACUGCAUCAACUUGUGCAAGAAGCAUUGUCCAUUCAUGGAGUAACAGAUGCUAUACAACUGGUAAGCACUCGUGAAGAAGUUGAAGACCUUUGCAGACUGGACAAAAUGAUUGAUCUGAUUAUUCCAAGAGGCUCAUCUCAACUGGUGCGUGAUAUCCAAAGAGCAGCGAAAGGAAUUCCUGUCCUGGGCCACAGUGAGGGAGUCUGCCAUGUUUAUAUAGACUCAGAAGCUAGCCUGGACAAAGCUAUUGAUGUUGUGCGAGACUCCAAAUGUGACUACCCUGCUGCCUGCAACGCCAUGGAGACACUCCUCAUUCAUAGAGAUCUGCUUCGUACUCCAAUGUUUGACCAGAUUAUUGAUAUGCUGCGAACAGAAGAGGUGAAGAUCCACGCUGGUCCCAGAUUUGCUUCAUAUUUGACCUUUAGCCCUUCAGAGGUCAAGUCUCUCAGGACAGAGUAUGGAGAACUGGAGUGCUGCAUCGAGGUGGUGGACAGUAUGCAAGAGGCCAUAGACCACAUUCACAAAUAUGGCAGCUCACACACAGAUGUCAUUGUUACUGAAAAUGAGGAGACAGCUGAACAGUUCUUGCAGCAGGUGGACAGUGCUUGUGUGUUCUGGAAUGCAAGCUCACGUUUUGCUGAUGGAUACCGGUUUGGACUUGGAGCAGAGGUUGGCAUCAGCACAGCGAGGAUACAUGCCCGAGGCCCUGUGGGACUUGAGGGACUUCUCACAACCAAGUGGGUCCUGAGAGGAGAAGGUCACACUGUGGCUGAUUUCUCUGAACAGGGCAGUAUGAAAUAUCUCCAUGAGAACAUCCCUGUCCCACAAGGAAGCUUCAACUAGAGAUCAACACCUGAAAAACUCUUUAAGUACAUUUGGUUUAAUGUCUGUCCAAAAGGUUUGUUUCUAUAGCACUUCAACAACAGCGGCAGUAAUGUUUAGAUGCAAGCAUUUUAUUCUCACUCAAAACAAAUCAUUUUACAGGGCAACAUUUCUGUAAAAGUUUACCUCAUAUGUGAAGAGAACUAUAUGGUUUUGUUUCCAAUAGACUUCAAUUCCUCUCAAACAUAACUGGUACAAAUGCUUUGGUAUUAAAGAAUAGCAGGGAAAGCCUAAUAUAUGAAGAGAACAUACGCUGACUGAAGCGCUUCUGUAAGACAAAAGUUUUUUAUACCAAAAGAAAAUGCAUUAUUGGUCAACUGGUGAUUUUUAACUUAUUUUUCUAUUACAGUUCUCCUUUUGUCAAAUGUAGCUUCGGCAGUACCUUGUCCUAUCUUAUUGUUCAUUCUACUUUGCACAAAUGGUUAAAUAAAUAUCAUGUACAGUUGAAA